UGGCUCUCAGGAUUCACCUCAUUGUAUCCGAUUCAAAGUGUCGACUCGUUUGUAUCUGUUAUAUGUGCGACUCGGCUCUCAUGAUUCACCUCAAAGAUCCGAUUCUAAGUGUCGAUUCGUUUGGUCUAUGUUAUAUGUGCGACUCGGCUCUCAUGAUUCACUUCAAAGAUCCGAUUCCAAGUGUCGACUCGUUUGGAAUUGUAUGUGCGACUCGAUUCUCAGAAUUCACUUCAAAGAUCCGUAUUCAAGUGUCGACUCGUUGGGAUCUCUGCUUACUGUAGUGUCAGUAAACAUGUUUUUCCUGACUGACACAUGAACCAUGACGUGACUGUUAACGGUUUACUUUCGGCUCCAACAUGAACGACAUCAUGGAGGAACAGGAGAAGGAACAGGACAGUCUGGUAGCCGGGUCUCCCUCCAUGACAGCAGGCGGUAGCAGGAGCGGCAGAACCAAGCCGGCUGCAGACGGAGUUAACAGAGCGGCGGUCGAGAAGAGAGGACCGUAUAUAAUGGCCAAAUCUAUCAACAUGAAAUUACAGAGACCCAGAGAAAUGGCCAGGAGAGUGUUUAAGAAGAAAGGCUUUUCCUCCGGGGGGACAGUCAUGCAGCAGCCCAGACACGGAGUUAAGAAUGUGAAGUUUAAUAAAGGAUACGCAGCACUCAGUCAGAACGCAGAAGAUCCACUGGUGUCUCUGGACUCAGACAGUGAUGUAGAGCUGGAGUAUUCGUCUGGAUAUUCUUCAGCAGAGAUUCAUCCAGAACUCAGCCGCCAGCUGUUAAAAGACGGAUACCGGCUAGACGAAAUCCCUGAUGACGAGGAUCUGGACCUCAUUCCUCCAAAAGCCAUGGGUUCGUCCAUCUGCUGCUGCUCGUCCGACGGCCCGUCGUGCUGCUUGCAGUGAACCUGCGCAGGAGCGAAAUCACGCCUUUAACACAGAACCCGUUACUGAAGCGAGCGUACCUCUGCAUCGUGGAACCGUCCGAAGUCCUACCACACCGCAGAGGAGCGUUCCUGAUCUCCUGUAGCGAUGACACUAAUCUAACCCCACAUCCUCAGCGUUUCCCCUGCAGACUAAUGGAGACGUCGUUAAUUACUGUUAUGCAGUUUUAGCGAAAGGUCACGGCGCGAGAGUCAGAAUAAUAUCGACACGCAUGUACGUAUCUGCAUGAUCUCUGCGUACCGCAUCUGUAGCAUAGCAAAUUUCUCUUCUUGUCUGUGUUCCUAUACUGAGAAAAGACGGCGCUUGUGAGAUACCUGCACUUUCCUGGAAUGUUUUUAUAAAUCUAAACUCUACAUCUGUAUAAUUCUGAGAUGGGAUCGCUGUUUCAGACAAGGAACAUAGCCCAAAGUAAACACAGAAGUGCCUCGGUGUUGAUUUGUAAAUAAACCCAGAUGCUACAGAUGUGGUGCAGAACAGGUUACAAUAACUAACAUUCUCCGCCACCCUUUUUUUUAUUAUAUCAGAAAACAGAAGCAGGUGAUGGAGCAAGAUCUGAUCUGAAUCCUCCUUAACUAAAUCACUGACUUCUCACCUAUUGUGUGAAUCUGUGGAAGUUCUUCGCUCCUCCAGAUAUGUUAAUCUAACACUUACACUCAAGCUUUCCAUCGUAUAUAUUACUGACACCUCCACGCUUUAAAACAUUGCACUCUGACGAACGGCUGCCUGGAGAGAUGAGAGAGCAGUAUUCUCUUUUCUUUUUGUUUUCUCUUCACUUUUUAAUGGCAUUACAUUACACGUUACUGAUAUGUGAGGUGGGAAAACAGUAAACCAGCUGUCUAUUUUCUAAUUAUUAUUUUUAUGUACACUUGUAUUGUGCUUGUGCUUUUUUUUUUUUUGUAAACUAAUGUUUUAGUAGAUGUUUUAGUUUAUGCUUUAGUAGAGAAGGUUUUGUGGCAUUUGAAGGUGCGUUUCGAGAUAUUUGCUUGUUUGGGAUUUUGUUUACAUUUUUCAGACCCAGAAAUUUACUCCGAGUCCAAAUCACCAUGAAAGUUUUUUAAAGAUAAGAAGAGAGAGAUUCUGAGAUUCACCUCACAGUAUGAGAGUGAGAAGAGUGACAAGGUUGUGAUAUAGUUAGUUAUAGCAUCGAGGCGCAACACAACAUGACGUGUAUCCUGUAUAAAUAUAUAGAAUUGAAUUAAUAUAUUUUUUGUUUUGUGAAAGUACAUAACAUUCGGUCGGCAAGCGUGUGUGCUCUUAAUCCAUCAUGUGCUACUGCCACACCCAGAAUUUCUUUCGGAUGAAAUGUAAAAAAACUUUUAAGGCCCAAAUCGUAUCACUACAAAAAUCGUAUUGUUUAAUACAAUUCAGCUUCAAUGUGCUGCACAUUUCAAUAUAGGAAUAUAAACCAGGACAAAGUCUUUUACUUAAUUUACCUAUAAGGGACACUGUGAUAUUUUAUUUUCUCCACAUUUGAAUGGAAAAUAAAUAAGAAAAGAAAGGAUUGCUAACAUCCUGUGCUAGGAUAAGUAGGACUUGUGUUGAGUAUUGAGUGUUAAAUGGAAGCGUAUUAAACUACAAGUUUGUGUGAGGGGAAAAAAAAAGAAAAGGGAUGUGUUUGAUUAGUUAGCUGAGAUUAUUUACCGUGUUGAUGCUUUGUGUGUGCGUGUGUGUGUGUGUGUUCUGUUUGUGUGUGUGUUGAUUGGAGUGAAUGUUAAUGUUGCACUUGGAGCUCUGAGUGGACUUUUCCUCUCCUUCACUAUGCAACUAAUCAGACAAUCUUUAGUAGCGAUUAUGGAUCAUCACUCACGCAAUAACUUCACUUUGUUUUCAGUGUGAAAACCUUUUUUUUAUUUAUUUUUUUUAUUUCCAUCUACAUAUUAAAAAUAUAGAAAGACUUGUAUUGUUAGUAGAACAUACCUGUAAAAUAUAACAAGGCUUUUUACUGUAAGUAAUCAGUAACCAGUAUUUGAAUAAACUAUGUUUGAUUUUA